GAAGCACAGCCUCCCCGACCUGCCCUACGACUACGGCGCCCUAGAGCCUCACAUCAACGCGCAGAUCAUGCAGCUGCACCACAGCAAGCACCACGCGGCCUACGUGAACAACCUGAACGACACCGAAGAGAAGUACAAGGAGGCGCUGGCCAAGGGAGAUGUUACAGCCCAGAUAGCUCUUCAGCCUGCGCUGAAGUUCAAUGGUGGUGGUCAUAUCAAUCAUAGCAUUUUCUGGACAAACCUCAGCCCUGACGGUGGUGGAGAACCCAAAGGGGAGUUGCUGGAAGCCAUCAAACGUGACUUUGGUUCCUUUGACAAGUUUAAGGAGAAGCUGACGGCUGCGUCUGUUGGUGUCCAAGGCUCAGGUUGGGGUUGGCUUGGUUUCAAUAAGGAACGGGGACACUUACAAAUUGCUGCUUGUCCGAAUCAGGAUCCACUGCAAGGAACAACAGGCCUUAUUCCACUGCUGGGGAUCGAUGUGUGGGAGCAUGCUUAUUACCUCCAGUAUAAAAAUGUCAGACCUGAUUACCUAAAAGCUAUUUGGAAUGUAAUCAACUGGGAGAAUGUAACUGAAAGAUACAUGGCUUGCAAAAAGUAA